AUGGCAGCGACAGCAGCGCGACUCGUGUGCGCCAAUCACGACCGCGUGAGUCAGUUGUCGCAUGUGUGGGAAGCGAUGGGCCAGUGCCUCGACUACUCGCGCGCGUGGACGCUGGAGCGUGCGGCGGCUCAGGGGCUUCCGUUUCUCGUGCAGCAUUUGGCGCGGCAAACGGCCAGCGCGUUACCGCAAGAGACCGACGACAAGUCACUGGCGAUGGACUUUGCAGCUGGCAACGGCCACUUGGCCAUUCUCACGUGGCUGCACGACACGCAGCAGCUCAGCAGCUGCUCGACACGCGCGAUGGACGACGCAGCGAAGAACGGCUACAGUGCAAUUGUCCAGUGGCUGCACGUGCACCGAAGCGAGGGCUGCACGACCCGGGCCAUGGACUACGCUGCUAGCAACGGCCAUCUGUCCGUCGUGCAGUGGCUGCAUGAGCACCGCCCAGAGGGUUCGACCCCUCGCGCGAUGGACUUAGCGGCGCAGAAUGGGCAUCUCCAUGUGCUGCAAUGGCUGCACGACAACCGAUCUGAGGGAUGCACUGUCAGUGCUGUGGACUACGCAGCUACUGAGGGCCACUUGCACACUGUGCGCUGGCUGUGCGACGUCCGCAAAGAAGUGUGCUCGUCGAGCGCUAUGGUCGGCGCUGCGCGGGGCGGACACCUGUCUAUCCUCCAGUACCUCAGUAAGCAGUUCGCCACCUUAUUUGAAAGCGUUAGUGCCAAGAUGGUGCACGCCGCUGUCGCAAACGGCCAACGAGCGGUGCUCGAAUGGCUUGCCGCCGUGCUUCCGGUCAAGUCGCUCAAGUGCGAAGAGGCUGUCGGAUCGUGGAUGGAGGUUGCAUGCCAAUACGGCCAGACAGGUAUCCUCAAGUGGUUCCACGACCAUGCGGCUGAGCUGCCGAUGGGCGUUGACAAGCACAGCGCUUGCACUGCAUCAGCUGUAGUGAAUGCGGCUCGCAACGGGCACGACGACGUGCUGGUUUACCUGCAGGAAAACGACCUGAUAGACCUCACCACCGAGUCCAGUGCCAUGGACGCGCUCGUAGCUGCAGUCGAAGGCGGCCACCGCAACUGCGUCGAGUGGUUAGUCACAACGUUUCGCACAUUGUACGCGACAGUCCCGUGCACGACGACAACCGCAAUGGACACUGCCGCUGCUAGCGGCCACGUAGACCUCCUCCAGUUUCUCCGAGACGAGCGGACUACAACGAAGUGGCGGACCAGCUACAAAGCGGUCGAGCGGGCAGCUCGCUAUGGCUUUGUCGACGUUUUGCGCUGGCUGCACUUCGACGACCACAGCAAUGUCGUCGAGGAGGGAGUCCGUCUGCAAGUGGAAGAAGCCAACCGACUUGAACGUCGCUGGACGCCUAUGGCGCUGGAGAUGGCUGCUACGAACGGACACCUCGCAGUGGUCCAGUGGCUCAUUGAGCAUCACCGCAACGUUUGCAGCAGUGUCGAGGCGUUCAACGCCGCGUGCUACAUGGAUCAUGUGCCGGUGGCUCAGUAUCUCUACAGCAACGUGCGCAGCUCGUGCUCUGUAGAGCAGGCGCUGGAACAAGCAAAUGAAGGAGGCGCUGAAGACACGUUGUGUUGGCUACGGGGCCUUCCCAUCUGA